UAGUAAACAGUACCUCUCAGUUGUAAACAACUUGUGCGAAUUAAAACCUUUAAACAGACACAAUGAAGACUUGGCGAUAAAUUUCGACCCGUCAGACGUUUAAAAUGGCUUUCAUCUUUGACUGUACGAUUAUUUACGGAUCAUAAAUGAAUGUGCUCGAUUCAGAUUUAACACGAUCACACUCAUGGCAGCAUGUUUGAAGAUUUCUUUGAUCAAAUUCAUAAAGAACUUGGACCUCUGAAUCCAUUCUGGUUUGAGGAGUUGACUGCCAAAGCUUGUAGAGAUGACGAAGGACCUGACAUUUCAAAAGAUGAGGAAGAGGAGAUCAAAGCCCCAGAGAUAUCAUCUCUGGACACUCAGCUGUUUUCUACACCCAAAAUAUUCAAGCAACAUUUUCACUCUCCUGAUUCCAUUCGGAAUGAGGAUUCUCCAUAUGAAGUGACUAAUGGUUUAGACUCAAGUCCUUGUCUGUUUGGGUCAGGGAAAGAAAACUCCUGUGGACAAUCCAGGGAGGGCUUUGGCCUUCUGGACACACCCAAAAGACCUUUGAUACAUUCAGUAAAUCAAAUAUCCCGGAGUCUUGGGGCACAAAUCAACCCUGACUUAUCCUGGACCAGUUCCUUUAACACACCAUCAUCAUUGACUCCUACUUUAAUGUUACCUAAAACAGAGGACCGUCCUUCGUCUUCAAGUUGCCUCAAAGACAAGGAAGCAAUUUUUGUGCGGAAACUGUUUCCAUCUCUCUCAAAAGGUACUGAGAGUACUGAAACUUCUAGUAAAAGAGCCGUUAAACAUGAUGUGACAGAGACAUUCCAGACUGAUGCUGUGGUUAACACUGUUCGCUCCCCAGAAGCAUCUCUUGGUGCAAGCAGUCUGUGGAAGCAGAAGGUGCCGAGCGCUAUAGAAGAUGGAGAUGUGCGCACUACAGUGCAGAGCGUUCUCGAUGGUGCUGAGGAUGUUUUGUCCAUAUUCUUCAGUAACGCCACUUCUGCUCUGAGGAAGGUCAAAUCUCAAGAGAGGAACAGAAAGAAAGCCAAUUGCUCAAAGGAUGUGAAUUCAACUUUAGAGCAAGAUAAAGAGCCAGAGGAGACUUUAAUGGGAGAUGAAACUCAAACAGCUGAUGUGGAAACUAAAAGCCCUCUCACAAACAAUGAUGUCAUGCAAUGGACCCCACUGAAUUUAUCAGACUCCAGUCUGAAUGAAGGUCCUUCAUUGGCCUUGCCUUUUAUAAACAGUCACAAUACUGUAGUGUCCGGUGAACCCAAUGCUGGCAGUUCUUACAGCUGUGCGGCAGGUAGAAGCCAGUCCUUUUUUAACAGCGUCGAAAGACUCAGGUCCUGUCCAGAUGCAGAAGGAACUCAACAGCAGAAGUCUUUGCUGGACAGAUCACCUGUUUUCAUGCUUAACAGAAAACCCAGGAGGUUUGUGUAUCAAGUCCCAAGCUCUGAUGUAUCAAACGCAGGAAUUAACCACAAAACAUCAGUAUGCCUGGAGAAAACGGUGACAGAAAAUCCCUCUGAGGAAAAGGUGUCUAGUGUCCUUCAUGAAUCCAGUUUUGUCAGUGAAGAUGCAGCUAAUCCUCAAACACUACAGCAACCAACUGCCAGUUAUCUGGAUGAAGGACUAGAUAUGACCCAGCUUUCCAAGGCAUUUGCUGAAGAUUUCACUCAGGAACUGACUUCAGGAGGACUUGUUGACACGCAUUUAUGGAGUGACCAAAAUGAUUUGAGUUCAUCAGCUGUAACCACCCAUAUAGAGAAAGCGAGACAAGUAAAACCUGAAGCUGAGUUUGAGCAGACGAAAGAAGAUUUCAUCAACCAGCAAGGCAUUCUGGGUAAUCGUGAUGACAACUACACUUUAGCUGAGGUACCUGUGGACUCCGCCAAUGAGUCAACAGUUGUUCUUUCAACUUUUGAGAUUAGUCGUGACAGUGGCUGUCCCACCACUUUUUCAGAUUUAGAUGGCACAUCAGCCUCCAAGGAUAUUUUCUCUGGCUUUAAAACGGCAAGUAACAGGAGCAUCUCUAUAUCACAUGAGGCAAUAAUGAGCGCCAAGGCGUCAUUACACGAAGCUGUAGGUGACCGUUUGAUUGACACCUUUGACGUCACACAACAUAACCACAAAACAGAGACAUUGUGCAAACCAGUUUCAGAAAGCGCCAAUGCAACCAGAUCACCUGUGGUGCAGUCCAACUUCUAUGUGCUUUCAUUAAAUACUUGUGUUAGUGAUGCUCGGCCCAGUCCGGGACUUAUAAAUUCUAAGAGCUUUAAACAGAAUAUUUCAAGCUGCUCUUCACCACAGUCAUUCGUUUUGAACACAUGUUCAAAGAGGAAUAUUACAGAUUCAGAUGUUGACCCGAAAAAAGCUGGGACUCUUUUGAAGGAUAAUGUAGAGAAAGACUCAGAUUCAUUAAAACAAAUUCAUAAAAAAUUGGAAUUCAUAAGAGGUGCUGAAAGACAGACUGUGUUAGACAACAGCACACACAAACCGGGAUUGGACACCAACCGGGACUAUGCUGAGAACUGCCCCUUGACAGCAUCACAAAAGGCCGAUGUCACAGAAUUGUGCAAUCUUUUGGAGGAAGCAGAUAGUCAAUACGAAUUCACUCAGUUAAAACCCAAAAAGUUUGCCUCAGACAGCCACACCGCCAAGAAAGAGUGGGACCCCAAUAUACUUAACGGUAUUGACUUUGAUGAUAGUUUUAAUUCUGAUGUUUUGAAUGGAAAUCAUCAAACCAAGAUGGAUGCCUCUACGAUAAACAGUUCUAGUCACAGACACAAGGAACAUGAAUGUGCUUCGGUUCAAAUCGUAGAUGUUGACAAAUUAUGCAACAUAUCAAAGGAAAUCCUAAAUGAGGUGCCUUUUUCAAAGACUGAACACAAUUUAGUUGAUGGGAUGAAUAUUUAUUUCGGUAAGGAAAGUAAAUCAAACUGUUUUGGUUUUAAAACUGCUACAGGGAAAGUAAUAAGCAUCUCAGAAAUGAAUUUAAACAAAGCCAAGCAAUUCUUUGAAGAGCAUGAUGAAAAGGUCUCGUAUAAUAGAAAAGACAACAAGGCAGAGACAGACGUACUAAAGCCAGAGCAAUCUAAAGAACAAGCAAUGGUGUUUUCAGCCAAUACUUCUGAAUGUAUGGACAAGAAAUAUAUUGCCCACUUUCAGUUAAAUCAAGAUGCAAAUGAAGCUCUCAACGUAAAUGAGAAAGUGGUUGGAGAUGCAGAAACGGAGCAGAAUUGUUUAGAUGGGAAAACAGAUGUUGUCUGCUUUAACACAAAUAGCCAUUUUGGAUUUAGUACCGCUCGAGGAAAGCAGUUGAAUGUAUCCCAAACGGCCCUUGAGAAGGCAAGAAAACUUCUUAAUGAUGUUGACAGCUUUGAGGCGUCAGAACCUCAGGAACUCAUUUUCCACACUUCUGGAAUACAUGCUGACUCCAUGUCAGCAACCACCCUUCAGAAAACAAAAGCCGUUUCUUGGCAUGAAACCUCUGUAAAUAUAAAUCAGUCCGACUCCGAAAAGAUAAAUCAAGCAACUAACGUUACGGAUAUUCCUUUCUUCGAAUGUAAGAACUUCAUCCAAGAACAGAAAUCUGGCAAUGAUGCUAAAGGAAAUUUCACAAACAUUUGUCCCCCCAAAACUUGCCAGCCAUUGUCAGUGCAUGGUUAUGGCUUUCAGACAGCUAGUGGGAAAGAAGUUUCAGCUGAGGCACUUGAAAAGUCCAAGACUGUUUUCAAAGACUGCGAUGAAAAUGUUGACUGCUUAGAAGCUGCACUAACAAAGGAAAAGAAUGAUAAACUACACUUUGAAAUCCUCAAACAAACGAAUGGAUUUAAGACCACAAGUGGUACAUUUUUCAAAGUGGUGCACGAGGAGGCAAAAGCUGUUUGCAAAGACUCUGAUCUUAUUAAUGAACUCUGUGACGAGGCAAAUGAAAGAAGUGAUUUCUUCAGGAAAACAUGUCAGGGUAAUCGAGUUCAUGACAGUAAAAAUUCUUCUUUGGACCAGCAACCCCCUCAAGAAGAAGGAUGUGAGCAGACAGCCAAAGAAUGUAAUAAAGACCUUCAGAAUAACUUCUUUAAGGAUGCUUCUGAGCCUCUUAACAGCAACUGUGGUUUCACUACAGCCAGUGGUAAAGAGGUAUCUGUCCUGGCUGAAUCACUUCAGAGAGCUAAGGAUGUGCUGAAUGAUUCAGUUGAUGUUAUCGCAUGUAAUAAUGGCUCUAGAUUGGCGAAACAGAGUGUGAAUAACCAAACCGAAACCAGUUCUUCAGGUAACCAUAAUGGGUUCUCUACAGCAGGUAGAAAAAAGGUGACCGUUUCUGCCACUGCGUUGGAAAGAGCCGAGUAUCUGUUUAAAGAUUGUGAAGAGAAAAGUUUAGCAUAUGAGGAUCUUCAGAACCAAAGCUGUCUAAGCACUGCUACUGGCAAAGAAGUUACAGUAUCAGACAAGGAGCUCAAUUUUGAGUCCGUGCCUAAAAUUAAUUUCAGUUUACAAAAUGGACAAGAUGGUCUCAUGUCAAAGAAGGUCUCAUCUGAAUCCUCAGGAGAACACAAAGGAUUCUGCACAGCCGGAGGGAAGAAGGUGGCCAUCUCUGCUACUGCACUACAAAGGGCUAAGACUCUCUUUAAAGAAUGUGAAGAUGAAGGUUUAACAUCCGAGGCUCUCCAGAACCAAAACUGUAAAGGGUUUAGCACUGCUACUGUCUCAGAGAAGGCCUUGCAUGAGGUUAAAGCAGCUGGUUUUGUGGACUCAUCUUUUAGCCACGAGUCUAAAAGUAAUGCGAGUGGGUGUCAUAAAAGCUCAUGUGAGAAAAGUGUCCCAUCUGAAACUGUGAGUUCUUCAGAUGGACACAGAGGAUUCUGUACAGCAGGUGGGAAGAAGGUGACUGUAUCCACUUCGGCACUUCAAAGGGCCAAGAGUCUCUUUCAUGAUUGUGACAAGAAGGUCCAAACUAAAGCUGGGAGAUCUCAUGCAACAAGUGAGGACAUUGGGAAUGAAAACCCAAAGUUUGACCAAAAUUACGGUUUCAGCACAGCCAGUGGUGAUGUGCCUAUAUCAAAGGUUGCACUUGAGGAAGCCACCAAACUAUUCAGAGAUUGUGAUGUCCAACAAGUAAAUGACACCGUUAACCAUCCAAUAGAGACUAAAUCACACCAGGAUCCUCCCAUAAUGCUGGAUAGAUCUAGAGAUGAAGAAUCCAAAACCAUUUCACACCCAACAAAAGUAGUUCUGAAUGAACCUGCGCAACUGGACUUGCACUCUUUGGAUUUCAACAGUUGCACAGAAACCCAGCAGGAGUAUUUUGAACAGGAAGCUAUGGCUUGUACCAAAGCGUUAUUGGCAGAUGAUGACCUAAACGAACCGCCAGGGUUGGUGCCAUCAGCAAGUCCAUCUGUUCAUGAUCUACAGACACCGGAACAAAACAGAAAGAAACGUCAACUAGAUGCCAGCAGUAUAGAAGAUUCAUGUCAACCACCUUUGAAAAGACAACUCUCUGAGUUUGACCAGACUGUUGCUUGUGCCAAAUCCUCUGUCCCGACCCCAGUGAAAAGCUUUCCAAGUGGAAGCCUAAAAGCCAGACGUGUCUUUAGAUACAGCGUCUGCCUCCAGCCUAAUGUCACACAUUCAAAUCAGAAUUCAAACGACUGUGUGCAGCAUUCUUCUACUGCAACUUUCCAAAAAAGAAAACCGGCAGUUUUUGUGCCCCCCUUUAAAAAAAAUAAGCCUGACACGUCAGACGGUCAGGAUGCCUCUAAAGUGUCCAGUGGUUUUAUCCCACCUUUCGGAAAGGAUACCAAAGACGAUACUUGUCAUAGCGAUAGCUUGAUCAAGAAUCCAUGUGAAUCUAAACCUCAGGUUGACUCCUGUACAACACAGGAAAAUACAAUGACAAACUCUACACCAAGUACCCACAGCAUUGAACAGUAUUGUGGCGAGAAUGACCAACAUGGGGCUUCUGGGACAGGAGAAAACAUUUUAGUGGCCAACAUACCCUUGAAGAAUCUUGACUCUGAAGAGAGAGGGGUGUUAGAUACAGAAGCAUGUCAGGAGAUCUUCCAGCUAGCCAGGGAUAUGCAAGACAUGAGGCUUCGGAAAAAGAAAAGGCAAACUAUUCGUCCAUUACCUGGCCGCAUUUACCUUGCUAAAAACUCAGGUGUCUCCAGAAUUAGUCUUAGAGAUGCUGUGGGUCACAAAUGUCCAGUUCGAUACUGUCCAGAGGAGCUGAACCAGCAUGGAGUGCAUCACAAAGUCUCCCAGAUAACCAGUGAAAACGCAGAAUCAUUUCGAUUUGACUGUAAGGAUUUCUUCAAGCGUGACCUCCUCAUGGAGUCUGGAGCUGUACAGCUGGCUGAUGAAGGAUGGUUGGUUCCAGACAGUAAGGGCACUGUAGGCAAAGAGGAGUUUUGCAGAGCGAUGUAUGACACCCCUGGCGUUGAUCCAAAACUGAUCAGCGAUGCUUGGGUGUUCAACCACUACCGUUGGAUUGUAUGGAAGAGGGCGUCCAUGGAAAAAUCCUUUCCAGAUUUGAUGGGAAGCCUGUGUUUGACUCCAGCGCAAGUACUUCUGCAGUUAAAAUUCAGAUAUGAUGUGGAGGUGGACCGCAGUCAAAGACCUUCUCUCAGGAGGAUCAUGGAGCGAGAUGACACUCCUGCUAAGACAUUAGUGCUCUGUGUAUGUGGUGUUGUUAAACUUUCAAAUCCAAAUGUAGAGAAGCUAGUGAAAACUGAUGACAGAUCAGUUGACGCAAAAAAGGAGUCAACCCUGAUCUGGCUCACGGACGGCUGGUACGCCAUCAAAGGCCUUUUGGACCUUCCACUCUCUACCAUGCUAAACAACGGUCAACUCAGAAUCGGCGAUAAGGUUGUGAUUAAUGGGGCAGAGUUGGUGGGUUCCCAAGAAGCCUGUCCUCCUCUGGAAGCUCCUGAAUCUCUGAUGCUAAAGAUUUCAGCCAACAGCACAAGACGGGUUCGGUGGGACACUAAGUUGGGGUACUAUCGUGACCCCCGACCUUUCAGGCUGCCACUCUCGUCACUGUUCGCUGCUGGAGGUGUUGUGAGCUGUGGGGACGUUGUGUUGUUGAGAAGUUAUCCUACGCAGUGGAUGGAGAAGAAGCCCAAUGGUGUCUUCAUAUUUCGCAAUGACCGCGCUGAAGAUCGAGAGGCCAGAAUACACAGCAACUCAAAGCACAAAACCAUGGAGCUCCUUAUUUCCAAAAUACAAGCCCAGAUCGAAAAAGAGAUGGAGGGUAAGACGAAAAGCCAAGGCAGAAAGAGGACAUUUAGUCGACAUGAGAUUGAAGCUCUGCAGGAUGGGGAAGAGCUGUAUGAAGCAAUGGAGUGCGACCCAGCUGUGGAGACUCAUCUAAGCGAGAGGCAGAUGGAAGCAGUGAGUAAGUUCACAUGCUGUCUGGGGGAGAUAAGGCAGGCAGAACUUCAGGAGCGUGUGCAGAAGGCCAUGAAAGAGGCGCAGGAGGCAGAAGGCGGAUGCCCCGAUCGAGAUGUCACGUCUGUUUGGAAGCUCAGCGUUGUAGAUGCCAAUGACAUGCAGAGCAACUGCGUUUACACACUGAACAUCUGGCGCCCUUCAGCGGACUUGUAUAGCUUGCUGAAAGAGGGCCACAGAUACAGGGUGUAUCACCUCGCCACAUCAGAGAGCAAGAAACGCUCAGGUGUUGCUAAUAUUCAGCUCACUGCCACUAAGAAAACACUGUUUCGGGAUGUUGAGGUGACUCCAGAAUGGUUGCGUGUGCAUUUCCACGCAAGAGUGUGCGUAAGCUUCAGGGAACUUCAAAACCCUCAGUUUAUCUCUCCCUGUGGUGAAGUGGACAUUGUGGGAUAUAUAAUCUCCGUAGUGGACAAACAAGGUAAUUCUCCAGUCCUGCACCUCAUGGAUGAGAAGUUUGACUUGGUCUCUGUGAGAACCUCUGGUAGUUUGGAGCAGUUGGCCGUAGAGGAGCUGGUAAAGCCUCGUGCGCUGGUUGCUUUAAGUAACCUUCAGCUAAGACAGCUUUCUGGACCUGUGCCAUGCCUUUAUGCUGGAGAGCAAGCACUCUUCUCCAUAAACCCAAAAGAGUCCCAUCUUCAGGAAGCUAUGGUCCAUCUGAAGAGUCUCGUUCAGACAUGUGAGGAGUUUUUUAGCAUUGCGGAGGAGAAGAUGUCUAAUAUAUUUCCUUCAGGGGUCUCAGGCUCUUUUCAGUCUCCUAGAAUUCCUGAUGUGUCUAAUCCAAAAAUGAACGGUUGGGUGACCCCUCAGCAGAAAGGCAGAGUUUUCUCGCCAUUCACUCCUGUAUCUACGAGUAACUGUGAGACCAAAGACCCCAAGACCAAAGACCCCAAGAGCGUAAAAAGAAAGCGAGGUUUGGUCUACCUGUCCCGCAUCCCGUCCCCUCCACCCCUCACUCCUCUAAAAACCAAAGCUUCUCCCUGCGUAAACAAGACCUUCAAUCCCCCUCGGAGAUCUGUGACCCCGAAGCCUCCGGAGAAGGAGCGUGACUCACCCUGGGCCACGCGUUGUCCGCCGGGAGAUGAGGAGUUGGUUCCUGAUGAGGAGCUGGUGAUGAUAGACACCCAGGCAUUACUGGAUGGGUUAAAGGAAGAUUGAUGGGAAAGGUGUGACCCUCUCGAAACACUAAUAAGAGGAUGAAGGCCUGUGUUCGAGGCAUUGAGAACCACAGAUUGGUUCUGAAAAAUAGUGUUCAUACUGUUGUUGUUGUGAAAGCACGUCACGACGGCUUUCUGACUUUGGCCUGGUGCCAAAUACAAAGGAAAUGCAUCAUUUUACAAAUACCGCAAUAUUUUUAAACCUGUUUCUUGGUGUAUUUGUACAAGUGUAGUUUCUGUAAAGUUAGGACUGUUCA